AUGCCUGUGAUGAAGGGCCUCCUUGCACCACAAAACACCUUCUUGGACACCAUUGCAAACCACUUUGAUGGCACUCACAGUAACUUCCUACUGGGAAAUGCUCAGGGUCGUUAUGGUUACCCCAUUGUGUACUGCUCUGAUGGAUUUUGUGAGCUGACCGGCUUUGUUCGGACUGAGGUGAUGCAGAAAACUUGUACCUGCAGCUUCCUCCAUGGAGCCGAGACCACCGAGAGUGUGAUCCAGCAGGUUGACAAAGCUCUGGAGGGCCAGCAGGAGUACCAGGGAGAAGUCUGCUUCUAUAGGAAAAAUGGAAAUUCAUUUUGGUGCCUCCUGGAUAUUGUGCCAAUUAAAAAUGAGAAAGGUGAGGUGGUGCUGUUCCUCUUAUCCUUCAAAGAUGUCAGUGAAUCAUAUGGGAAAAGUCAUCACUUCAGCCAAGGAGAAGGUAUGUCAGAGGCUGCUCACCAGAGCAGGAAGAGAAAUCGCUCACACUUUUCCCAAGCUCGAGAGAGGGGAAGGACUAUUCUGCACCAAAUGACCAACCUGUUCACCAAGCGGGGCAAGAGGAAGCUGACCAAUAGCGUGUUUCAGAAACCGUCUCUACCUGAGUACAAGGUCGCAGCGGUGAAGAAGUCCCGUUUCAUCCUGCUACACUACAGCAUCUCCAAGGCCCUAUGGGACUGGCUAAUUCUACUGGCGACCUUCUAUGUUGCUGUUGCUGUGCCUUAUGACAUCUGCUUUGUCAAUCAUGAUGAGGGCGGUGACCAUCACUCACUUGUCAGUCGCAGCACUAUUGGCAGUGAUAUAGCAGUAGAGAUGCUCUUCAUACUCGAUAUUAUCCUGAAUUUCCGCACCACCUAUGUGAGUCAGUCAGGUCAGGUAGUGUACGACGCCCGAUCCAUCUAUCUCCAUUACUGCACCACUUGGUUCUUUGUGGAUCUGAUCGCAGCUUUGCCCUUUGACCUUCUCUAUGCUUUCAACAUCACAGUGGCCUCACUGGUGCACUUGUUGAAGACGUUUCGUCUGCUACGUCUGCUGCGCCUGUUACAGAAACUGGACCGCUACUCCCAGUACAGCGCUGUGGUCCUGACCCUGCUCAUGUCUGUGUUUGCUCUGCUGGCUCACUGGAUGGCAUGUGUCUGGUAUGUCAUCGGGCGCAAGGAGAUAGAAAGCAGUGACCCUGUUACCUGGGACAUAGGUUGGCUUCAGGAGUUGGGAAAGCGCCUAGAGAAACCAUACAUCAACAGCACCAUGGGUGGGCCCUCCAUUCCUAGCGCCUAUAUUGCCUCUCUCUACUUCACCCUCAGUAGCCUUACCAGUGUCGGGUUUGGCAAUGUGUGUGCCAAUACAGAUGCUGAGAAAAUCUUCUCAAUCUGCAUUAUGCUAAUGGGCGCCCUGAUGCACGCAGUGGUCUUCGGCAACGUAACAGCCAUCAUCCAGCGCAUGUACUCACGGCGCUCUCUCUACCACACCCGGAUGAAGGAUCUCAAGGACUUCAUCCGUGUGCAUCGGCUACCUCAGCAGCUGAAGCAGAGGAUGCUGGAGUACUUUCAGGCCACCUGGUCAGUCAACAAUGGCAUCAACGCCAAUGAGCUGCUGCAUGACUUCCCAGAUGAACUACGAGCUGACAUCGCCAUGCAUCUGAACAAAGACAUCCUGCAGCUGCCUGUAUUUGAGCGAGCUAGCAGAGGGUGUCUGCGCUCCCUCUCCCUGCACAUCAAGACCUCCUUUUGUGCUCCAGGGGAAUACCUUAUACGCCACGGAGAUGCCCUACAAGCCAACUAUUUUGUCUGCUCGGGUUCUCUGGAGGUUCUGAAAGAUGGCAUGGUCCUAGCCAUCCUGGGCAAAGGUGACCUCAUUGGGGCCGACCUUCCAGAAAAUGACCAGGUGAUCAAGACGAAUGCAGACGUGAAGGCGCUGACCUACUGUGACUUGCAGUACAUCAGUGUCAGGGCUUUGAGGGAUGUCCUCGGGCUGUAUCCAGAAUAUGGCAGCCGGUUCAGCUCUGACAUCCACCACAACCUCACCUACAACUUGAGAGAGGGCAGUGAAGCUGACGGAAUAAAAAAGUUUCCAUGGUCUUCUCGGCUGUCUCAGGGCCAUGCUUCUAUGGACCACAAACUACCCUAUAUUAUUGAGGCAGAUGAUGCGGAACAUGGAGAAGACAUGAGACACUCUCAGCAGAGGAGAGUGCCUCUGUUACAAGGAGCAGGCAGCCCUGUUCAUCAGCCCUGCCUUAGCACCCUGUUAGGAGAGGAGCUCCGCCACAUCAGUGCACUCCGCCGCUGUCGGUCACCUGUUCAGGACGGUAGAGGCCGCAGCCCCUCUCCUCAGCCAUUCCACAACGAGGAGCUCUCUCCGUCUCCUUUACCCAGGCUUACCAUUGACUCUGGCCUGAACCAUCGGCCUGCCAAGCUGCUCAUGCCAUCCUUACCUUGUGUUAGUCCACUGAACCUAAGCCCCAGGGUCGUGGAUGGAAUUGAGGACAAUGGUCACGCAUUUCAAUUUAAUGUAGAGCAGAGCGAGACAAAGACUAAUGUAGCAGACCGGUUCAAGGUGAGUGCUAACCUGCUUCUGGAGACAGAGGAAGUGAGACAGAACAUCAGCAAACUGAACAAAGAGGUGAGCAACUUGAACCAAGAAGUAACCAACCUUGCCAAGGAGCUCCACGACAUAAUGCACUUCUUACCGUCUCAUAUGGCCAUGCUCCAUUAUAACCCUCCAGUCUCCUCAUAUUCCUAUGGCAUACCGAUGGCUCCCAGUCCUAGUGUGUCUGCUCCCAGCAACUGGCAGCCCCAUGUCCCUUUAAAUAUUGCCACUGGGCUGCACCUCCAUCAUGAAGCAAUCAGCCACCCUGCCAGAAAUGUGUGGGGCUGCAGCGGGAUGUCCUCCCAGGGCAGAAGUCCCACGCUGCUACACUCUUCAAGUCCUAUGUCAUCCUGUUUACACCUAUGCUGCUCUGACAGAGAGGGGGGCACAGCCCACAGGUUACAGAGCCAGUGUGGUCCCUUCCAAACCUCCAGAACAACCCCAAACUCUCCCUACAUGACCCACCCACAUGCCCAGGCAGGUCCAUCUCUCCUGGCCCUCAGUAGCUUCCCAGUGAUUUGUCAGGCCACACAGGUGGCCUACAAUGCCUCUAUUCCCACAAUGAGCAACUCUCACCCUCUUUGUUCCCCAGUAAAUUCAGUCUACUCCCGUCCAUCUCUGAGUGUUCAAACCAACUCUGAUCCCACACAUAAUCAGACCAACUCCCAGACACCCAUCCAUUCCUCCAUCACUCCCACUGGCCAGCCACAGUAUCACACUACUUUCAGCUCUUUUGCCCCUUCAGGAGUCCACACUUCAAUAUGUACAGGGCACAACCAAAGCCAACAGGGCUCUAUCAAUUGCCCCAAGCAAAAUGAGCCAGUGAGAUCCAGUCCUACCCACCACACGCAGACCCUUGCAUGUUCUCUUCUGGGGCAGGUAACAGACAGAGACUGUAGAGCUUCACUGUAUCAAGAAAGGACAGAAAAUAUUGAAUUUCCGUGUAUGAGCAUCAGUUCUCCUACAGGAGAAGUUCAACCACCUCACUUGAACAUGGAGGGAAUCCAAACCCCACACUGA